AUGAUUGAUCAGGCUCCGGGUGCUUGUUCGCAAGGAAGUUCACAUGCCGUGCCGACCCCACUUAGAUGGAAUAACGGCAGGAGCCUGCGUCCACGCGCAUAUUCGGAGCUGCCCUUUAAUAAGAUUCAACGUCGCCUGAUGAGAUUCGGAUGCAUUCGGCGCCCUUGCGCCCCAUGCGACGCAAUCUGUAUGCAAAGCGCGUCGCAACGCAUCCGUCGCAGCGGCCGCCGCUCAACUUCCGUGCCGCCCACCGCCCGCCGCGCCAGAGCAUCGCCACGGCCGCGA